AUGCACAACAAUACCCUGCAACCUAUAACCAUCCAAGCCCUCCAAUAUUUCCUUACUAUUUGGAGACAGGACCCCGCUGCCCAAAACAAUCUGGAAAUUUGUUCUUCUAAUAUCUUUCUGUGGAACCCUAAUGACCCUAAUGAUACUAGUGAUAUUACUUCCCUAGUAAAUACCGCAGUAGAUACCCCAACCAACUCGGAUAAUAUAGAAACCUUCUUGGAUAAUAUUUUAACUGAAGAACCAGGAAUCAACUUAACCGCAAUCAAUCUUUCACCGGAUACAGACCCAGAAGUAAACCCCAUUCCGGACAACACUGUUCCCAAUAUAGAACCAGAAACAGAAACCUUUCAGAGAGUUCAAAAUGAACUUCUUCAAUCUCUUACUCCUCAAUCGCAUAACCAUCCUAACCCUUUUCUUGGUGGAACUUGGAAGGACCAAUUGACCAAAAUCCUUCGUCAACUAGAAGAUAAAGGCCGAACUCGACCCAAACAGAUAAAGGUUAUCGAAGCUUAUCUGCACUUAGGAAUCCUUAUUCAGAAACAACCAAGUGAACGACAACAAAUUCGAGAAUUUCUCCAAGCUUCGCAAGGCUCUCGAAAGACCCAAGACAUUUGGAAAGGAGCCACUCGACUUCAACAAAUCUUUAGUAUUAGACCUAAAGAAUUGUUGUAUCAGACCCGAUACCUUACCAUUACUCACAUUGUCAAGUUUACUGAUAAAGA